UGCCUAUCCGACUGCUUUUGGAAAAGGGUCAGGAGUGUUUGUUCCAUUGCAUUCUUUGCACUGCCUUUGGUACUGCUUUGACUUGGGUCACCUGAUUGCUUAACCUUCCCCUCUCACAGAACUCACAUACCUCACCAGUCAUCUGUUCGGCUUUUGAGAGGAUCAACAGGUCAGUUGCAAUACACUUGCCCAUUGUCAAAACAGCUUCAAUCAUGACGGACUGGAAAAAUGCUGAGUACACUCUCUACUCGUCCCCCUUUUCUCUCUAUUCGAUGAUGGCACGUCACACAAUCCAACUGGGCCCAACGACUCAUGAUGCAACGCCACCAAAAAGCAUCACUCUGCACUUCAUUAACCACAAGGCCCAUGAGAACCUCAGUGAGGAUUAUCUAAUCAACGUCAACCCAAGAGGACAGGUUCCGGCUAUGAAGGGUAACCUCCUCAAAGAAACACUUACCGAGAGUCGUGCCAUCUCUCUUCAUCUCGCAGAGAAGCACUACCCUGCCAUGCUGGGGGGCAAGUAUGAGAAUGUUGUUAGGGAUCUCUUUAAAAGACUGCAUGCUGUAUACGGGUUAUCAAUCAGCAAUCCGAAUCCGACUGCAGAAAUGACCCAGCGGAAUCCUUCGCCAGUUGAAAAGAUCCUCCAGAGGACUGAUAUCAGUCCGCAGUAUCGCGCAGCUCUGGAAGUCAAACUUGCCUUUCACAACCAGCAUAACGCAAUCGCCUUUCAGCCUGGUGUUGUAGCUAAGCAGCGUGCGGAUCUCAAGGCUAUUUUUGAAGAAGUCGUUGAGCACCGCAGACAGAGUGGCUCUUAUGAGGACUAUGAUGAAUGGACUUUUGGCUCUGAUAUUGGACCGACUAUCCUCGAUAGCCAUCUGCUCCCGUUUACCUUGCGCUGUAUAGAGGUUGGUAAUGACGAUCUUGUGCCUCUGGAGUUGCAACGUUGGGCCAAGGUGAAAGAAAAGAGCCCAUCAUGGCAGAAGGUCAUGCAUGGAAAGCCAACUACGUAUCAUCCUUCAAUGGGCCCUGUUGCAGAGAUGUCUGAGAUGAUGACUCUUUGAUGGCACUGCUAUGGUGCUGCUGAUCUAUUUACAAGGAAUACUUCUAUACGUGUUAUCAAAGCCUUAUUUGUCUUAAUAUUUUCCUUUCAGCUCUAGACAGCGACGUAACCUAUUAAGGCGAGGUAAACCCAUGUCCAUUACGCAUGGCCGCAAUGCAACAAUCGAGGACCCAAGUUUUUAAUCGUAUUAAUCUCAAAGUGCAGCGAUACAGACACAUUAUUUAUCUAACUUUCUGAC